AUGGAUUUGAAAGAUUUCCGAUAUGCUACGCUGGACGAUCCUCGCAGUCAGAUACGCGUUCUGCAGCUGCAGCCUACGACAGAUGAUGAGGCCUUCUGUUGCAGGGUGGACGUCUACAACCUUGACCAGGCUCCCAACUAUCAUGCUGUUUCAUAUACUUGGGACGACAGGGAGAACCAAGUCAUUAUCAUCGUCGACAACACCUCGGUCCUUGUCAACCGCAACUGCCAGGAGGCGUUACUGCAGGCCAAGCAUAGUGGAGCUUCAUAUGUUUGGAUCGACUCAGUGUGCAUCAAUCAAGGAGACUUGAAUGAGAAGAGUAUUCAAGUAUCGAUCAUGUACGACAUAUUUCACGCUGCAUCGCAGGUCCUGAUGUGUACGGGCCCUGCCUUUGAAGGGGUUGAACUUGUUGAGCAAGCUGCGAAAGAGAUCGUCUUUCAGAUGAUACCCGUGAGUUAUGGAGAACCUGAUUGGGAAUCCUGGGCCCAGACCAAAGGGCCCGACUACAUGUUGGCUCUUUUUGGCCUACAAUGUACUCGAUCGUCGUUCGUACUUCUCUCGUCUGUGGGUGGCGCAAGAGAUCUUUGCGGCUCGAGAAUCUCCCGUGGUAGCUUGUGGACAGUCACUCAUUAG